AUGUCAGAGCCAGACAAGAAACCUGGCUCUGAAUCCACCAUUCAUCGAAUUCAAGAGCGAUGGGACAGUCUGAAUGAGAUGUUCGAAAACACCGACACUAAGCCUGCAGAGCCGACAGGCUCUGCCGAUGAUCUCGAGGCGGAAAUCCGUCAAGCCCAAGCUCAAUUAUCCCGACUGAAGAAGCAGCGAGAGCUCAUUGAUAUCAAACAAAAGGUUGCAGAGGAGGAGAGAGAAUUGGAAUUGGCUCGCACUCGACUCCUGGCCGCGACCACCUUGGAACUUCCCCCGGCCACCCCUGCUUCGACUCCAUCCAGAGCCGAUUCGAAGCAGAACAACAAGGCUGGUAUUGAUGGAGGCCAAAAGAAGGUUCUUGCUGCCCGAUCGGAGCAGAUUACCGCCCCAGCUCCUGUGACUGAAGCUGCUGAUCGUCGUCCGUCCGAGGCUAAGCCGUCCGAACCGAAGCCUAUGUCCAAACCCGUAAACCUCUCCUCCGGUUUGAACCUUGAGCAAUUGCGAGCCCUCGCCGCAGCUACCAGGUCCCCCGCCGCCCAAACGGUUGUCAAGUCUGAAUCCCGUUUCAGUCUGCAACCGUCCGCCCGAUCUUUUCAUCCUGAAUCAUCCGUCCACGCCCCACCGGUGCCCAAUGUGCCGGUAUACAACGGACGAGCUCUGGGAGAGUUCAAGAACUUCUCUAUGGGUCUAGAGCGACACUUCGAUAAAUAUCCGGACUGGUAUAAGGUCGACGAGCGCAAGGUCACGCGGGCGCUUAAGCACGUUGCCCUUAAUAUCGAGGAUGAGUGGAAGCGACACAUACGUCACCUACCGGCCGAAAAGGUCACCUACGGCAAUUUCUGUACCUUCCUUAUUCACCAGCUCCAGAGCGGAGUGUACCCGGAUGUCGCUAGGUCGCGCUAUAUGGAUAGCUAUCAGCGACCGGCCCAGUCGGUGACUGAUUUCUCCAACUGGAUGCAGCAGUGGGUGCCGCAUUUCCCCAAUAACGACUCGGAACGUGACCGCAUGCGCCAUCUCUUUGAACAUCUGAUGAACAGGGUUCGCAACGAGGCUGAUAAGACUCAUCUGGACUUCGAUAACUAUUACGAGUUUGUCGAAUACCUCCAGCGGGUGGAGGAUUCCAUCGGCAGCCGCGCUGAGUCUCUUGGUCGCCGGGCUAUCAACCCUCGAAAGCGACCUCGCAGCCACGACUAA